CGGAAUCGUGGAAAUGACCAGGUCUGCGUCGGGAGAAGCGUCAAACACCAUAAUCGGAUUGACAGGCGUAUUUUAAAUCAUUUCUAAAAAAGUUUCACCUUUUCAAGAUAUUCUCCAGAGAAAUCUCCACCUGGCAAGGAUGGAAAACUAAUGGCCUUUCUGUUGCUGGAGGCUAGCUGCUCACUCUGAAGGUGCAGCAUGAAAAGAUGGAACAGCUGCUUGUACCACCAGGUCCAGACAGCUUCAGUCCCUUUACCCGUGAGUCACUUAAAGCCAUCGAAAAACGGAUUACUGAAGAGAAUGCCAAGAAACCCAAGGGAGAGAAGAAAAAGCGCAAAAAUGAAGUUAAGCUCAGACCAAACCGUGACCUGGAGGCAGGCAAACCACUCCCCCUUGUAUAUGGAGACAUUCCUCAAGGUCUGGUGUCGAUACCACUGGAGGACCUGGAUCCCACCUACAGUAAUCAGAAGACUUUCAUUGUAUUAAACAAAGGAAAGGUCAUUUUUCGCUUCAAUGCCAGUCCAGCCUUGUACCUCCUGAGUGCCUUCAACCCUCUACGAAGGCUAUCAAUUCGGAUUCUGGUACACUCAUUGUUCAACAUGGUGAUCAUGUGCACUAUUCUCACUAACUGUGCAUUUAUGACACUGAGCGAAUCACCUGUCUGGGCAAAGAACGUGGAGUACACAUUUACAGCGAUUUACACCUUUGAAUCCCUCGUUAAAAUUUUAGCUCGGGGGUUCUGUAUAGGAAAGUUCACAUUUCUAAGAGAUCCCUGGAACUGGCUGGAUUUCUCUGUCAUUGUCAUGGCGUAUGUAACAGAGUUUGUACCCCUGGGCAAUGUUUCAGUCCUUCGGACAUUCAGAGUAUUAAGAGCUUUCAAAGCAAUUUCUGUCAUUCCAGGCCUGAAGACCAUUGUUGCUGCAUUGUUCCAGUCAGUGAAGAAGCUUGCUGAUGUGAUGAUUCUCACAGUUUUCUGCCUGAGUGUCUUUGCCCUAAUAGGUUUACAACUGUUUAUGGGCAAUCUGAAAAAUAAGUGCAUACGAGAAGAUGUUUUAAAUAGCGAUUCGAAUAACACAAAUGUGACUGUGGACUUUGAAAAUAAAAGUCUUUAUUAUUACCUUUCUUCAGAUAGCAAAGAUCCACUGCUUUGUGGAAACAGCAGUGGAGCUGGACAUUGUCCAGAGGGGUACGUGUGCCGCAAAGUGGGAAAGAACCCAGACUAUGGUUAUACCAGUUUUGACUCAUUUGGUUGGGCCUUCCUUUCACUGUUCAGACUGAUGACCCAGGAUUAUUGGGAAAACCUUUACCAGCAGACUUUGCGUGUAUCUGGGAAGCCCUACAUGAUUUUUUUUUUGCUCAUCAUAUUCCUUGGCUCCUUCUACUUGAUCAACCUGAUUUUGGCGGUUGUAGCCAUGGCCUAUGAGGAGCAGAACCAGGCCGCUGCAAAGGAAGCUCAGGAGAAGGAGGAGGAGUUUAAGGCCAUGCUUGAGCAGCUGAGACAACAACAAGAGGAAGCUCAGGCAGCACUAGCUGCUGCUGCAGCAGUGGGUGGGGAGGCCGGUGAUAAAGUUGGUGGCACAGAGAGUUCCUCUGAUGCCUCUAAGCUGAGCUCCAAAAGUGCAAAGGAGAGACGCAACAGGCGGAAGAAAAAAAAGGAGGAAGAAGGAAAAGAGACCGAGGGAAAACUUCCUAAAUCUGAGUCACAGGACAGUAUACAGAGGGCUCGCAAUCGCUUCUCUGUGGAUGCAAACCUGCUCAACUAUGACAUGAAAUGCUCAUCUGCACAUCAGUCCUUUCUGAGUUUUCAUGGACCCCUCUUCUCACCCAGAAGGAAUAGCAAGACCAGCCUUUUCAGUUUCCGAAGUCAAGCCCAGGAUGUGGGCUCAGAAAAUGAAUUUGCUGAUGAUGAGAACAGCAUUUUUGAGGACAACAUGAGUCGGAGGGGCUCUUUUUUUCUUCCCCAAAGGUGUGAUCGACGCAGCAGCAGUAUGAGCCAGUGCAGCUUCUUUUCACAUCGCAGAUUUCAGCCCCGUGAGAUCAGGCACAGCUCUGUAGACUGCAAUGGCGUUGUGUCUCUGGUGGGUAGGAAUGCACUCCCUUCAUCAUCUGGGGGGCUCCUUCCACCUAAAGUGACGUUAGAUAUGGCCUCCACUGGAGACAAUGCUGACACUACUGACACAGAAUAUAGACAGAGCAUUGGAGGAAUAAACCAGGGAUAUAUGGACUACCUUCAGAGCCCAGAGGCCAGACAGAGAGCUCAUAGUAUUGCCAGUGUCAUAACCACCACAAUGGAGGAACUUGAAGAGUCACGGCAGAAGUGUCCUCCUUGCUGGUAUGAUUUUGCCCACACCUUCCUAAUCUGGGAGUGCUGUCCAGGAUGGCUGAAAUUAAAAAAAAUUGUCAAACUAAUCGUGAUGGAUCCAUUUAUGGAUCUAUUCAUCACCAUCUGCAUUGCACUAAACACAUUGUUUAUGGCCAUGGAACAUUAUCCAAUGAGUGAUGGGUUCCAAAACAUGCUUGCUGUUGGCAAUAAGAUAUUCACCGGCAUCUUCACGGCUGAAAUGGUCUUCAAGGUGAUUGCACUGGAUCCAUACUAUUACUUUCAGGAGAGAUGGAAUAUCUUUGAUGGGAUCAUUGUCAGUUUAAGCUUGAUUGAGCUUUGUUUGGAAAGUUUGAAGAACAUGUCUGUUUUGAGAUCAUUCCGAUUGCUUAGAGUAUUCAAGUUGGCUAAAUCCUGGCCCACUCUAAAUAAACUGAUCAAAAUAAUUGGUAAUUCAGUGGGGGCUUUGGGCAACCUGACGCUGGUCUUGGCCAUUAUCGUCUUCAUCUUUGCUGUGGUGGGCAUGCAGCUAUUUGGAAAAAAAUACAAGGACUGUGUGUGUAAAAUUUCUGCUGACUGCACUCUUCCUCGUUGGCACAUGAAUGACUUCUUCCAUUCAUUCCUCAUUGUUUUCCGGGUGCUUUGUGGAGAGUGGAUAGAAACCAUGUGGGACUGUAUGGAAGUGGCUGGGAUUCCCAAGUGUCUCACUCUCUACAUGAUGGUCAUGGUUAUAGGAAACCUUGUGGUAUUGAACCUCUUCUUGGCCCUUUUGCUGAGUUCAUUCAGUGCUGACAACCUAGCAAAACAAGAAGAUGAUCCUGAGUCAAACAAUUUGCAAAUUGCCAUUGCACGCAUACACAAAGGCAUUGCCUUCACAAAGUCGGUGCUUCGAAGCACCUGCAGCAGUGCCUGCCUCAGAGAUAAGAAACAAAAGAAGGAUGAGGAAAAAUCUCUGGAUGAACUCCACAAACCUUUAGGGUCAAACGGAAUCCCCAAUCAUGGCAAUGGAGAGGUGAUUGGCGUGGACAAAACUGGGGACAAAUACAUAGUCAGCAGCAGGAGUGAUGAUUCCAUAAUGUCGUUCAUCAACAACCCUAGUGUGACUGUCACUGUUCCUAUUGCUAUUGGAGAGUCUGACUUUGAAAAUCUUAACACUGAGGACUUCAGCAGUGCAUCAUCAGAUGCAGUAGGAUGCCCUGUGAUUGUUGAAGAUGAUGAUGAUGGACAGUCCAGCUCUUCAGAGGGAAGCACAGUGGAUGGUGUUCCAGCUGGAGAGGGAGCAAUUUCUGUAGACUUUGAAUUAGAAGACACUAUGGAUCCCGAUCCCUGUUUCCCUGCUGCCUGUGUGCAGACAUUCCGUUGUUGUCAAGUAAAUGUAGAUGUGGGCUGGUGGAAAACAUGGUGGACACUACGAAAAACCUGUUAUCGGAUAGUGGAGCACAACUGGUUUGAGAGCUUUAUCAUCUUCAUGAUCCUGCUUAGCAGUGGGGCUCUUGCAUUUGAGGAUAUCUACAUUGAGCAGAGGAAAACUAUUAAAACAGUUUUGGAGUAUGCAGACAAAAUUUUCACCUACAUCUUUAUUUUGGAGAUGUUACUGAAGUGGGUGGCAUAUGGAUUUGCCAAGUAUUUCACAAAUGCCUGGUGCUGGCUGGACUUCCUAAUUGUUGAUGUCUCACUGGUCAGUCUGGUAGCCAACGCAUUAGGUGCUAAUGAACUUGGUGCCAUCAAGUCUCUGAGAACUCUAAGAGCUCUGAGGCCACUGAGAGCCCUGUCACGCUUUGAGGGCAUGAGGGUGGUUGUCAAUGCCCUAUUGGGAGCCAUUCCCUCUAUCUUCAAUGUGCUGCUGGUAUGCCUCAUCUUCUGGCUCAUCUUCAGCAUCAUGGGGGUCAACUUAUUUGCGGGAAAGUUCUACUAUUGUGUCAACAAAACCACAAAUGAGCCGUUUGAUGUAUCAGAAGUGAAAAAUAUGUCACAUUGUAAGAGCAUGGAAAAUGCUAUUAGGAAGAACGUCAAGGUCAACUUUGAUAAUGUUGGCAUGGGUUACCUUGCACUGUUGCAAGUGGCUACAUUUAAGGGUUGGAUGGACAUCAUGUAUGCUGCUGUUGAUUCUCAAAGCAAGCCAGAAGAACAACCACAGCGUGAGGUCAACCUAUAUAUGUACUGUUAUUUUGUUGUUUUCAUCAUAUUUGGAGCAUUUUUCACACUCAAUCUCUUCAUUGGUGUCAUUAUAGACAACUUCAAUCAGCAAAAGAAAAAGUUCGGAGGUCAAGACAUCUUUAUGACUGAAGAACAAAAGAAAUACUACAAUGCCAUGAAAAAGCUGGGGUCAAAAAAACCACAAAAACCGAUCCCUAGACCAUCGAACAAGAUUCAAGGAUACAUCUUCGAUUUUACCACCAAGCAAUCAUUUGAUAUUGUGAUCAUGGCUCUAAUAUCACUUAAUAUGAUCACUAUGAUGGUGGAAACUGAUGACCAAUCAGACUACAAGAAAAAGGUUCUCUACUAUAUAAAUUUGAUAUUCAUUGUCAUCUUCACUGGAGAGUGCUUAUUAAAGAUGAUCUCGCUCCGGCACUACUUUUUCAUGAAUGGCUGGAAUAUAUUUGAUUUCAUCGUUGUUAUUCUAUCAAUCAUCGGCAUGUUUCUCGCCAAAAUAAUAGAAAAAUAUUUUCUUUCACCAACCUUGUUCAGAGUCAUCCGACUGGCACGGAUUGGCCGCAUCCUCCGCCUUAUUAAAAGUGCCAAAGGAAUACGCACACUCUUGUUUGCCUUGAUGAUGUCACUCCCUGCCUUGUUCAACAUUGGUCUCUUGCUCUUCUUGGUGAUGUUCAUCUAUGCCAUCUUUGCCAUGUCAAACUUUGCAUAUGUCAAGAAGGAAAGAGGUAUUGAUGAUCUUUUCAAUUUUGAGACUUUUGCCAACAGCAUGAUCUGUCUGUUCCAAAUCACCACCUCAGGUGGCUGGGAUACCCAACUACAUCCCAUUCUCAACAAAAAUGGAGAUGACUGUGACCCUGAGAUGGAGAAUCCUGGUAGUACUUUUAAAGGAAACUGUGGAAAUCCUACACUGGGAAUUAUCUUCUUUGUGAGCUACAUCAUCAUCUGUUUCCUUAUUGUGGUGAAUAUGUACAUUGCAGUCAUCCUGGAAAACUUUGGUGUAGCUACUGAAGAGAGCGCUGACCCACUGAGUGAGGAUGAUUUUGAAAUGUUUUAUGAGGUCUGGGAAAGGUUUGAUCCUCAUGCAACACAGUUCAUUGAGUAUAAAAAGCUUUCAGAAUUUGCAGAUAAUCUGGAGCCACCAUUGCGCAUAGCCAAGCCUAACAAGUUUGACCUGAUCUCUAUGGACUUACCCAUGGUGAGUGGUGACCGCAUUCACUGCCUAGACAUCCUGUUUGCAUUCACAAAGCGUGUUCUUGGUGAGGGUGGAGAAAUGGACAUUCUAAAGGAGCAAAUGGAAGAGCGCUUCAUGGCCUCAAAUCCUUCCAAGGUGUCCUACGAACCCAUCACGACCACCCUCCGUCGCAAACAGGAGGAUGUUUCAGCUGCUGUCAUCCAGAGAGCAUUCAGACAUUAUACAAGGAAAUGUCCAGGAAAAGACAGAAGGUCCCAUGACACAUCCAAUAUUAACAAUCAAAAGGAUAAAAAGCUCAUUAACAAGGGAAAGCAUGACACAGACAAACUUAAAAACACGUCUAGUGCCGAUAAAAGCAAACUGACACCUUCUGCUGCCUCUCAACCUUCAUGUCAUAGUGUGACAACAAAUGGAAAAAACAAAUAUGAAAAAGACAAAAGUGAAAAGGAGGUUGUGAGCAAAGAUGUCAAAGAACAAGAUAUGUAAAGGAAAUCUGUGCUACACCAAAGACAUUGUAGUGAAUGCAAAAUGUUUACAACCUUCCAGAGUGACUAAGACAUCCAGUGGAGUCUCUUCUUUAGUAUGGAUAUCUACUAUGCCAAACUGACUGUGCUUGCUUGAGUCUAGAGGAGAGUUUCUAAAAUAGAAAAGAGUCAUUCAGGCUACAGUAUGACACUAUGACUCACUUGGAUGAAUUGAGGAGCAAGGAUCCAUUAUGUCUGCUUGUGAGGGGAGGCGACAUUACUUAGUGUUUUGAAAGGCAUAUUAGUUAAUGCUGUACUUGUAUUGCAGCUAGUUCUGCUACCCAGUGUCUUGAAUUCUUGUUAUAUCACUGACUGUUGUAUUACUCAACUUAAUUUGUCAAGCAGGAAAAAAAGAGAGUUAUAUGCUAUUACUGAAAAAAAAAUCAUAGUCUGGUUAAUUGUCUUUUUAUACAUUUUUUUACUCUUCAGAAAGGGUUUUAUCUUCAGGUACAGGCUUUACACAGAAAUGCACUGCUUUUAGGUUAUUUUUGCUUGUCACUAAUAGCGCUUCAGAUCCUAGAGACAAUGUCAGUGAUUAUGCAUGCUAGAGUGUGCGCCAUGAUUUGUCCACCAGAUGCAAAGAAGCCUUGGUAAGGCUGCUGUUUUAUUACAUUACAGAAACUUACCCUUCAAUCCAAACAAAUCACAAAGAAGUUUGCUGAUUAUAUUUGAUUAUCAGUGUGAGAGCAGUAACCUCUGAAAAAUACUUUGCACACUGUUAAAUCAUUUUCCAAAUCAUUCUCCAUAUGUUGUUGUAUUUGGUCAACAGGGGUUUGAUGCAUCCAAUAGGAGCUAUAAGGUGAAAAAUGCAAUUGUCUAUAAAAACUUAAAUAUGAUUGGAAAUUCUUAUUUAUAAGACACAUGGAUACUGUUGUUGUUAUAUGUCCCUCCUGUUAAGCUGUUUUUACAUCAUCUUGAAUGGACCUUUUUGUAAAUUAUGACUGUAAAAGGGGCGGGGGUUUGUUUUGUUUUAUGUAAAAAGUUUUCUCAGAGUGCACCAUUAAAUCUUUUUAUGUUAAUUGUCUAAGCCAAGUGAAAUAUGGCUCACAAUAUUCUGAAUGACCUCAAGGAUAUGGCUUUUCACAUCUCACAUGUCCUAAGCUAUUUCCUACUUCUGUUUACAUUUUAUAUUGUUGUGUUCAUUUUUUCAGUUAUUCACACAUCCAUCACAUCCAUCCUAAACUGUGUCAUAAACUUUUCUCGUUCUGUGUUAUAAAAGUAUAAAUCCAUUCAUGUAAUUACAUUCUGCAUGUAAUUAAAACGUUCAACGUAAAGGUAUACUGUAUGCAUAAUGCAAGAAUGUUUUGAUUACAAAGACUUUAACAACUCCCAUCAUUUAUAUGCAUAAUGCUUGUAGUGUAUAAAUUACCUGCAUGCAAGACAGUGCUAUAACCUAUUUCACUGAAAAGCUAAAGGAAUAAAGAUUACAUUUAAGUCAA